UUUUUUUAUAAAGCAAUUAAAGUUGAUACCUUUUUUCCUAGUGCUACUUUGCUUUGUACAAAAAUCGAUAGACUCGAAAACCUUUGAUGCCUUUAACCUUAUAGCAAAAAAAAAAAAAAGAGAUGCAAUGUUCAGAAGAAACUAUUGCUAGAUUGUUCUACAAUGUCUCCAGCUCUUUUCAGAUUUUCUUACUCUUCACCUAUUUCACUUCCAUUUUGCUUGCCAAAUUCUUCUACUUCCUUGGUGGAAAUCCAUUUUUCUGGAGGAAUCAAGACGCAUAUGAAUUUGUUGAAUUCUCUGAUGACGAAGAAAUGGAGGAGGAAAGUGAAUAUUAUCAUCAUAAUAAUUCUGAGCCAGUGGAAGAAAAUCAUUUCAUAGAUGAUGAAUUUCUUGGUUUUGAGAAAGAGAUAGAAGAAAGUUGUAGUACUAAUGAUGAAGAAGAAUCUAUUUAUAGCUCAGUACUGGAUUCAGAAUCUAUUUAUAGUGAUGAUGAUGAAGUGGAAGUUAAAGAAAUAAUAGAUGAUGAUUCUGAUUCUUCUUGUUUUUCUGAUUCUGAAAUCAACAAAGUUGGGCCCAUCUCACCUCUUCCCAGGGACAUGAAUAUAAAUAUGUUAACGAACAUAAUCGAUAAGGACAUAAAUCAUGGAAAUUGUUACAGGGAAAUGAUUAAGGAGAAGAAAGUGACACAGAUUAAUUUGUGUAGAAGAGAGGCAAAUAUGUUUGUUAAUGCAUCAUCAUCGAAGUUAGAGAGCAAGAAAUUAGUGCAAGAACAAGAAAAGGAUCAAGAGCAUGAAAUAUUUGGGGAUUCUUGUACUAAUGGCUCUACUUCAAAGAGCUCUACUGAGUGGAGAAGCUCAAUUAAAGACUCAACAGCUGAAGAUCCAUUUUCUUCUUCAUCAAGGAGAAGUUGCCCCAAAUGGGAGUCUUACACAAUCUUCCAAAAAUAUGAUGAAGAAAUGUUGUUUUUUGAUAGAAUUAGUGCACAAAAACUACAUGAAACGGAUUCGUUAAGAUCAAUUCAAGCAUGCCCGAGAUCAAUAUCAGAUAGGAUUGUUCAUAAAUUGUUCAUAAAUAAGAAGUCAUCGCAGCAUCAUAACCCUUAUCAUGAACUGGAGGCUGCUUAUGUAGCACAGGUAUGCUUAGCAUGGGAAGCUCUGAGUUGGAAUUACAAAUACUUCCAACGCCUACGAGCUUCCAGUAAUAAUAAUAAGGAAUCGAAGGACGACCCAGGUUGUCCUGCUUAUGUAGCACAACAUUUCCAGCAGUUUCAAGUUCUUUUACAAAGGUACGUUGAGAAUGAGCCGUUUGAAUAUGGAAGGAGACCAGAAAUUUAUGCAAGAAUGAGAAGCUUAGCUCCUAAGUUACUUCAAGUCCCAGAAUAUCGAGACUCGGAGGAGGAUAAAGGGAUGCAGGAAGAUUAUUGCUCAAGAAUAUCUUCAGAUUCAUUUCAUCAGAUAAUGAAAGAGGCAGUCAGAACCUUUAUGAAUUUCCUAAAGGCAGACAAGGAGAAUCGUUGCCAAAUAUUAAUGGCAGCUUUCCUUGGGAGAAAAAGAAGAGGUUCACCUUAUGCUACUCUCCUCUUGCUAAAGAAACAAAACAAAAAGAAAAAAUCAAAGGUGAAAGAUCUACGACGAUCAGGAAAAUGCUUGAGGAAUAAAAGAAGGUUAAGUGUAGAUGAAGAGAUGGAUAUAUUGAUGUCUCUAAUAGACUUGAAAUUAGUAUCGAGGGUAUUGAGAAUGAGCCAAGUCAAUGAUGAACAAUUGCAUUGGUGCGAAGACAAGAUGAGCAAAGUAAAAAUAUCUGAUGGCAAAUUACAAAGAGAUUCUUCACCACUUUUCUUUCCAGCACAGUAGUCUAUGAGGACCCCACCUAGCAUUAAUUAAGUAAAGUGGUUCAUUUUACUUUGAUGACUAGAUCAUGAAUGUGUCAUGCAGAUGAAUGAAUAUCCUCAAUAUACUGCCAGAAAAGGACAAGGGUGGCCCAGAAAUAAAAGUUACUUGCUAUAUAUAUGGGAGGAAAACAAUGAAAAAGUGAGUUAAUGGGAAUAAUUAAGCAAAAAAGAGAAAAGAAGCAAAGGGCAAAGGAACGUGGAUGAGGAUAAGUAGCUGUACUUCUUUUUAGAGCUUUUUUAUUAAGGAGGGUUUAUCCAAAAGGAAAAGC